GCUCGUCGACGUCGCCGCCGCUGCAUCCUUCGCCGCCGCGGCCCCGGGAGGAGGGGGAGAAGACCCAGCCGGGCCGUCGCCGUUGGAGGGGUCCUGGGCUGCCGCUCGCCCCCGCCCCUGAGCUGUCGCCCCCUUGGUCAGCCCUCCCCGGGGUCUCGGCUCGUUCCUGCCUCCGCCGCCUGCGCCAGCCUCGGCUCCGCGAUGGGGCUCCUGGACUCGGAGCCGGGCAGUGUCCUGAACGUGGUGUCCACGGCGCUCAACGACACCGUGGAGUUCUACCGCUGGACCUGGUCCAUCGCAGAUAAGCGUGUGGAAGAUUGGCCGCUGAUGCGGUCUCCAUGGCCCACGCUGAGUAUAAGCACCCUUUAUCUCCUGUUCGUGUGGCUAGGUCCAAAAUGGAUGAAGGACCGAGAACCUUUCCAGAUGCGCUUAGUCCUCAUUAUCUAUAAUUUUGGAAUGGUUUUGCUUAACCUUUUUAUCUUCAGAGAAUUACUCAUGGGAUCAUAUAAUGCAGGAUACAGCUAUAUUUGCCAGAGUGUGGAUUAUUCUAACAAUGUUAAUGAAGUCAGGAUAGCUGCUGCUUUAUGGUGGUACUUUGUAUCUAAAGGAGUUGAAUAUUUGGACACAGUGUUUUUUAUCCUUCGGAAGAAAAACAAUCAAGUUUCUUUCCUUCAUGUAUACCACCACUGUACCAUGUUUACAUUGUGGUGGAUUGGGAUUAAAUGGGUUGCAGGGGGACAAGCAUUUUUUGGCGCCCAAAUGAAUUCCUUCAUCCAUGUGAUAAUGUACUCCUACUAUGGGUUAACUGCAUUUGGCCCAUGGAUUCAGAAGUAUCUUUGGUGGAAACGAUACCUGACCAUGUUGCAGCUGGUUCAGUUCCAUGUGACCAUUGGACACACAGCACUGUCUCUCUACACUGAUUGCCCUUUCCCCAAAUGGAUGCACUGGGCUUUAAUUGCCUAUGCAAUUAGCUUCAUCUUCCUCUUCCUUAACUUCUACAUUCGGACAUACAAUGAGCCUAAGAAACCCAAAACUGGAAAAACAGCCAUGAAUGGUAUUUCAGCAAAUGGUGUGAACAAAUCAGACAACCAGCUAGUGAUAGAAAAUGGAAAAAAGCAGAAAAAUGGAAAAGCAAAAGGAGAGUAAAUUGAACUGGGCCUUACCUGUUGUUGACAGUGAGGAGACUCCUAUGUCAUAGAAAAUUUCAGGGAAAACAGAAGCAGAGGAGGAUUUGGGGUUGGGGAGAAGAGGCAAAUGUGCUCUUUGUGCUCUAUUAACCUUUAGACUAAGCAAAGUGUUAAAUAUAAUGCCCAGAUGCUUUAUUUAUGAAGUUUUUAUUUUAAACUUUUUUUUUUUUUAUUAACCUUGAUGUUGUCAAGACCAAAGCAAUCGACACGUGACUUUGGAGAUUCUCCCUUGUUCACAUCCAUUUAUCUACUGGGGGAGAUUUUUCAUGUAUCACCCAUUCUUCAGUCAGAAUUUCAGAUGAUCAGAGGAACAGUCAAUGAAUUUUUUUCUGAUAAAUGACUGAAUACCUACUGAUUAAAAUCAGUUACCUUACAUUUUUCUGGUCCAAAGUGGGAAAUUCAGAUACAUUUAAAUUUGCACAUUUGAAAACAAUAAAAUAAAUUUGCACAUUUGGAUUCGUAUGGUGACCAGAAUGGUCAACUCUCUCCACCUCUAGUCAGAAUAUACCCUUUUGGUUGUAAUUAAAUUUUAAAAACCUGCUGAUCUCUGUAGAAUCUUAGAGGCUUGAUGAUGAUGGUGUUGGUAAAAAUAAGAAAGCAUUAAGUAAAAAUCCUGUCAAGUGACCCAAAGGUCACCAUGACUCACGGCACAAAUCACUGUGGGAAACAAUUUUGGUGAUGAGAAGGCAGCCUUCGAAUGCUCCUAUUAUUAGCAAGCAGAAAUCUAUUAUGAAAAUUAAGAUUAAUGUCUGAUGGAAACAUGAAACAACUCAUGUCUUUCUUGGUAACAUCAUAACAUAGUUACAUCUGUGUGCUCUUAGAAGAGAGUCUGUUGAUUUUUGUCAGGCUUUCAUUGUUUUGAUUUGUGGCUGUUACUGAUUUUCAUUUGUGGAAAUAUACCUACCUCUUCUGUUGGAAAGAACAUUUAAAAUUAAAUAAAUUUUAAUUAAAAAAUCAAGGAGUCCUCUAAUGUAAAUUUUAAUAGCAACUUUCAAAUCCACUAUUUUUUUUUUGUUUUUUGUUUUUUGUUUUGCUUUUUUACAAAUAGCAUACACCAAACAUUUCCAUGAAACUAUGCUUCUCUUUCAAUAUGUUUAAUUUUGGAGUGAUAUUUCCCUUGUGACUAAGUUGCAAGAUCUUAUUUAUUAACUCAUCAUGAAGUAUAAAUCCAUCUUGGUGCAAUAUUCUUGACUCCUUGGUGCUAAAAGAUUGUUAAAUUCAGUACUUGAUGUUACAAGGUAUUGUUAAAACACAAUGAAUAAAAGUGAGAGUAGUCAGAACUAUCAAAAUUGCUAUUUACAAAUGAAAUAUUUCAUGUAAUAGAAAUGAUCAACUGAAAAUAAAGCAGGAAGAAGAACUUGUACCGUGUUUUACUACACAGGUUAAUUUGGAGGGGAUGUUACACAGGGAUCAUUACAGAAAGAGAAAGUGUGACCCCCUAAAAGCAUGAAUAAUUUCUAAGUGUUUCAACAACAUGUCAAAACCGCAUGUGUAGGAUGUAUGCUGUCUGUACAGAUAAACUAUUUCAGAAUAUUUUGUAAACUAUAUUUAUUGUGCAUUAAAUUUACAUACUUUCUUCCCAAAGGCAUGCAGUCCUGAGAAUUGCAAACAGUUUGCAACACAUAAAGUAGUUUGGUCUAAGAGGAUUCAACAACUUUGUUUUUGCUGCUCAGUGUGUGAUGAUAGAGAUUUGUAAAUCUUUGUGAACAUUCUGUACUGGCUCCCCAGAGCUAUUUGUUCCCUGCUACCUGAUUUCUGCACAAUAAAUAUACUAUUGCUGUGGGAAAAAUAUUUUUUGUUAAUUAGUUUAUUAUAAUGUAAUUUUGUGCUAUGUAUUUAUGUAUUUUGUUUAGCUGUUAAUGUUCUAAAUUCUUUUCUGUUGCCCAUUUCUUACAUAGAAAAUAAAGGAGACUAGAACAUGAGCACCUACAAUUUCUG